GACGGGAUUUCACGCAAAGAGAAACUAGCGUGUUGCCUAAUAUCUAUUCCUAGACAAAAUGACCGAUCUUGCAUGCGGUACAGUGACAGUACGCUUAAUCAGAUCGUUUGAACAUAGAAACAUCAAACAUGUCGUAUUCCAGAAUGUGGACUUAACACAGACGACUAAAACAUUUAUGCAGAGUGUCGAUAAUGACUUGAAAACAAAGACAGGAAUACCGCCACCAUUCAGAACGUAUAAAUAUGACACAAUUAAAAUUUUACAUCAAGCCCACGGAUCAAAGACGAGUGACCCUGUCAUAAACACUGACCGCGACGAGGAAUUGAUUCUAUUACCAGAUAUCACUCUACAAGACAGUGGCAUCAGUGAGUUUAACGGACGGCGUAAAUAUUAUAUAUUAGAGUGGAAAUGAAAACGAGACAGAAUUGUCUUAUUUCAAAUUGGAGGACUAUGAAAAAUACAAAAAGGACCCUAAGUUGACAUGGUGAACUCGUCACAAAAAAUUUUCUUGACAUUUUGCUAAUGUUUGGAUAUCCCAUUUUUGCCUGUGUUCAAGAUACAUAUUGUGGUUAAGUUACUAUUGGAGUGUCAGUAUAGAGGGAACCCGCGGAUCAAGUCAGCCAUGCUGCAUGGCAAUGUCAUGCCUUACCGAGAUCAUUCUGUAUACUAACUGUAAUGUUAAUAUGUUAAUGGGCAAGUUUGCUGCAGUUAACUCUGAAACAUUGUUUGAAAGACGCUUCGUGUGGAUGGAGUUUUAUGUUGUUCCAGAUGUGUUGUUGCUCUUUGUUAUACCCCUUGUCAUAAUUUAUGGAGGGGGGAAGGAGGGGGCAGUGUUGCCCAUGACCAUUCUGUCCUGUUUCGUUGUAAUUAUAUAAACACUUAGCAACUUCAUUCUUUGGCAGGUGUUGGUCAAACUUUAUACAAUAGUUGGGUACAUGUAUUUGUAUACUUCCGACAUCGUUGUGCUUCUGAGUGUCAAGGCCAAGGUCACACUUGUUAAAAAACAUAUGUAUAAAAAUCACCCAACUGUUUCAAUUCAAACAAUUAGCAACUUCAUUCUUUCAUGGGUUGGUUCAAGCUUUAUGUAAAGGUCACAUAGCACGUGGGGGCAUUUACAUGUUACAGCUAUUUUCUAUUUUAAUUAUGAUGUCCAUUUUCAGCAUACCUUCUGUUUUCUUUAAAAAAGACAAAAUGAAAUAUAAGUCAUCCUUUUCCAGACUUGUUAUACAAUGAGCAAAGUCUUGAAGAACAACUGACCAUAUUAACAUUGUGUUUAUUGUUGUCCAUGUAUAAUUAUUUCUCUCACAUACAUGAUGCGGUGCCUGGUAAAGUCAGGGGCAUUUAUUAGGUCUACAAUAUGUUGCUCUCAAUAAAGAAAUGUAAAUGAACAGGA